UUUUUAGUUUUUUCUUUCCUAUGUCUUACAUUAACUGCACGGCUAUUGAGCACUGUUUUUGACUUGACACCUAAUCGGCGUUGGAAAUAAUUUUAAAUAUCUAAUUCUCAUUCGAAUCUAACAGUGUAAUCGCUGUCGACAUUAACUCAAUAUUAUAAAACAUUCUCUCUACUCGCGUAUUAUGUGAAUAAUAAUUAGUCGAGUGUGGCUUGCAGUAAUAAAAUGACUUAUCCAAAUAGUUUCAAAACACUUGCUCCGUUUAAGUUUAGUCCCAAAGACGAAUUGCGUUUUUCCGUCAGAAAAGGAUAUGAAGUACAUUUUUUCAAAGCUUUGAGCAAACUCGACAGUGACACAAUCGACGAUGUAAUCAACGAGACGUACACGGACGAUAAACAAGUCGUGACCAUUUUAAUAGAAGCCGCUCUUUACGGACAAAUAAAAAUCAUAAACUAUAUUUUGUCAAAGUUCAAAGUGAAUUUGGACGCCGAAGGUAAAGUAAAUCAUUUUGGUUCCAUGGUCGAAGGAGCGACGGCGCUCUGGUGCGCAGCCGGUUACGGACACAUGGAGGUAGUCAAGACUCUUCUCGCCAACGGCGCAAACGUAGAUUAUUGUACAAAGUCAAAAUCCACUCCGUUAAGAGCCGCUUGCUAUUUAGGCAGAAUAGACAUUGUCAGCUACUUGGUUCAAAACGGAGCAAACGUCAACACUACGAAUAUUUUCAACAGCACCUGUCUAAUGAUUGCAUCAUACCGAGGACACAAAGAUGUGGUAAAAUAUUUGUUAGAAAAUGAAGCCGACGUUAAUAAACAAACCAAUUGCGGCGCCACGGCUAUGCAUUUCGCUGCCCAAGCGGAUCAUGUGAAAAUUGUCGAAUUACUUUUGGCGCACAACGCUAAACAUUUAAAAAACGAACACUCUCUCACUCCGAUUUUGGUGGCGGCCGAACGGACUCAUAUUGUUCUCGUGUACUAUCUUCUGGACGCGUUGAGCUUGAGCCGGGAAGAGAAAAUCGAAGCCGAAGAACUACUGGGCGCUUCGUUCUUGAACGACAAAGACAAUUACGACAACCAUUUGGGAUACACCAUUCUGUUACACUCGAUGGAAAUGAGGUAUAACGCCGAGCCGAUUGUUCCCAAACGAGUUUACAAAUGCGUCGAAGCUUACGGCAAUCGUAUCGAAUGUCAAACCGUUGAAGACUUGAUGAGUAUAAAAGAAGAUUCAGAACCUUUACAUUACGAAUCGUUAAUUAUAAGAGAGCGAAUAUUAGGGGAAAAAAAUCCAGACUUACUGCAGUCGAUCAUAUACCGCGGUGCUGUUUAUGCCGACGCGUUUAACUUCACGCCUUGUAUUAGACUAUGGUUACACGCCAUGAGAAUAGCUCAAGACAAUCAAACUAGCACUCAUAAAGACUUACUUCGUUUUGCACAGGUAUUCUGUCAAAUGAUCAAAGCCAAGUCUCCCAUAGAAAUGUCGGAUCUCAAAAAAGUAUUAGGGGCUACUACCGAAGAACUGAAACGCAAUCAGAAAAAAUUGUCCAGCAAGUCGCCCGAAGAAGACAACGGAACCGCGACCGAGACGGAGUACUACGCCAAUAUACUGUCGACGCUCGGACUGAUAAACGUCACCAGCUUUGUGUUGGCGCAAAACGUCGGCGUGGAAGAUCCGCUAAAAGGAGAAGUGCUGAAAAUCAUCGUGGAAAUAAACAAAUUAAAAGUGAAAACCACCAAAGGCGAGACGCUGCUUCAUUUGUGUCUCAAUUACGAUACGAACGUGGACAAUUUAUUUACAAACGGAAUCUGUUGUUUUCCCAAUUAUCCCACAAUGAAGUUGUUGAUUUAUUGUGGCGCCGACGUCAACGCGAUCGAUAACAACCGAAACACGCCGCUUCAUUAUAUCGACAAAUUCAUAUCGGAUUUCCCUCAUAUACCGCACACCAACAAUUGUUUGGACACCAAGAGAAUGGUGAUGGAAUUGCUCGAUUCGGAUGCGCACACGGACUUUGUCAACAACAGAGGAGUGUGUCCACAUACGGGAUUUCUCAGCACCGUGUUCAAUUUGACCAACAAUAAUCCGAUGAGUUUGAAAUGUCUGGCGGCCAGAUGCGUUCGACGGAAUAUCGCCAAAGUAAAUUAUCACAAUCAGUUGCCGUCCGAAUUGGAAGAAUUCACCAAUUUACACGGAGUGGACGAUCAAGAAGUCUAAUGACGGCUAUUCUUGUUUAUUAUUAUUAGUUUUUUUUUUUCGAAAACCCGUACUUUGGUUUUUUCUUCUAAAUUUGAGUUAUGCGUUUUUGUGUUAGUGACAGACUUGAAAACAAAGUAGAAAAGCGUUAUUUAUUUGUUUGUACAAAUCUCCAGGUUUGUAAUGUAUAUACUAUAUAAUAUGUAAUCGUGUGAAUUUAAUAUUAUAGCGAAUAAUAUUAUUUCACAAUACAAUAUUUAUAAUUAUUUCAAUUUCUUUUGCCGACUGUAAACGUAUUCGACUCACAUCUAUCUAAUAGUGUUAUACUCUAGUCAAAAUUGGGUUCUAUUUGUGUGUGGGGUUAUUGUGAGAUUUGCAACACGGUUCACAAUUCAAUACUGGACAUAUGAUAUUUUAGGUUAUUAUGAUUAGAAAUAUAGUUUAAUUAAAUGAAUAGAAUUUAUUUCAAA